AUGGUGAAGUCAGUGAACAUCCCAGAGACCAGCGACAGUGUGGUGAGUACACACUCCCUAGACUGACUCCCUAGUACACACUCCCUAGACUGACUCCCUAGUACACACUCCCUAGACUGACUCCCUAGUACACACUCCCUAGACUGACUCCCUAGUACACACUCCCUAAACAGACUCCCUAGUACACACUCCCUAGACUGACUCCCUAGUACACACUCCCUAGACUGACUCCCUAGUACACACUCCCUAGACUGACUCCCUAGUACACACUCCCUAGACUGACUCCCUAGUACACACUCCCUAGACUGACUCCCUAGUACACACUCCCUAGACUGACUCCCUAGUACACACUCCCUAGACUGACUCCCUAGUACACACUCCCUAGACUGACUCCCUAGUACACACUCCCUAGACAGACUCCCUAGUACACACUCCCUAAACAGACUCCCUAGUACACACUCCCUAGACUGACUCCCUAGUACACACUCCCUAAACAGACUCCCUAGUACACACUCCCUAAACAGACUCCCUAGUACACACUCCCUAAACAGACUCCCUAGUACACACUCCCUAGAUAGACUCCCUAGUACACACUCCCUAGAUAGACUCCCACACUCCCUCUAUAUAGGCUAGAAGCUAGGCUGUUUACAGAAGCAACCAAUCUGGAGUUCUUUCAUACUGAAAAUAACUUUGUGAUGAUUGACAGUAUUUCUCUCUCUCUCUCCCUCUCAGGAACUGUACAUCUUUGACUCUGCCGGGAAGGAAGCCUUUGUUGAAGCAUGUGAGAAGUUGGUGAGGCCCACCACGUAUCUACUUUUCAAAGUUAUAAAGGAUUCACUACUUUCUCGUUCCCUCAUCUCUCUCUUUUGCUGAAUGUUCAAUGGAUUCAACAUUCAAUAUUUCUACUCUCUCUCUCUCCCUCCAUCACCCCCUCUCGAUCUCUCUCUCUCACUCCCCCCUCUUUCACCCUCUCUCACCCCCUCUCUCCCUCUACAGUGGGGCCAGCCGUCUGUGUUGUGUCUGGUGUUUGACAUGAGCAGUGAGCUGUCAUUCAGUAGCUGUGGCCGCUGGCUGGAGAGGGUCAGGGCCCACUGCCAGGGUCUGCACAUCCCAGGUACCACACACCCUAUCGGGCCACACAUUUCAGCUGUGACCCCCUGUAUCUGGAGGUACUUGAUCUUAGUGCUGUUUGUGUGUGUAUGUGUGUUAUCAACUUCUGUUAAUUGUGUGUGUGUGUGUGUGUGUGUGUGUGUGUGUGUGUGUGUGUGUGUGUGUGUGUGUGUGUUGUGACGUUCAGGUGUGUUGGUGGGUAACAAGUCGGACCUGUCCUCGCGGAGGGAGGUGGAGACCUCGGUGGCCCAGGAGUGGGCCCAAAGCCAGGGGCUGGAGUACCACGAGACGUCCGCUGUGAGUGCACCCACACCUGAACACAACAGACAAGCUCAUAGGCUUCUGGAGCCAAAGUGCCAACACCAUGUCCAAAAACAGUAUACACUCUAACAAAGCUAAGAUUUAAAUGUUUCUCAUUCUCUGUGUGUGUGUGUGUGUGUGUGUGUGUGUGUGUGUGUGUGUGUGUGUGUGUGUGUGUGUGUGUGUGUGUGUGUGUGUGUGUGUGUGUGUGUGUGUGUGUGUGUGUGUGUGUGUGUGUGUGUGUGUGUGUGUGUGUGUGUGUGUGUGUGUGUGUGUGUGUGUGUAUGGUGUCUGUAUUGCAGAAGGAGAUGGAGAACUGUGAAGCUCCCUUUCUGAGUCUAGCCCAGGCGUUCCACGCUCUCUACCAAGACAGACUACAGACCAUACAAAACCUGGCCUAA